UAAGAUGAUAGUAAAUGUAGAUUUAGACGAAUUGAGACUACUCUAGAAGUCACACCAUCCUUCACUGAACAAAAAUAUCUGAAUAGAAUAUUAAUGACUUUUGGAGCUGACUGGUAUACGUUUGACCACUGCACGGAAACUUCAUCUUAUGUAACGGGUAUUUCUGAGAUUCACUGGAGGGUCCAGACCUGUCGGUCCCCUUAGUCACGCAGCGCGCCAGGAGAAGCUUUGUACUUCACAGCAAUCCCGAAAUGUCUGCGCUGCCACGUUUAGAUGCACUUUAAAUGGACCGUGUAGCACGGGGUCAGUGAGAAUGCUCCGCGCGCUAGCAGCCGUCAGCUGUUUUACUGUUUGCCUAGUUGACGCAGAGCCGGUUCGUCUCGUGUGAUUUCCAGAGACCCGAGCGCCCUGUUUGGCGCAUACGCGUACACACGUCGGGGUUUUCCACGGAUGCGGGUGCUUUGUGCAAGCGCUUCACGAAAUCUGAGAACUCACUCGCGUGCACUGUGCAGUGGCGUGCGGCAGGUGUUCGGAUGUUCCCGGUCUUGGUGACAUAUCGCUGCCUUCGACAGCGGCUUCCCUCCAGAUCUGACGAUUAAGCGGCAUCAUACAUGCGCACGCACAAGGGGGCGGGAGGGGGAUGCAGGAGGUAGGUGUUGAAGGUGUAAUUGUAGGAUACACACUCAUAUCCCAUUCCGGACGAAAUCCUGCUGGAAUACUGAGAUCUCGUCAGACGUGGUUCAUCACGCUCGCGCUGACGUGGGGGGACAUUUACGGAGUUUUGAGUGCGUGUCUACUCGCGCAGGUUGGACCACUUGACUCAAACGUCACACGCUCUCAAUCGCCGCCGCAGCGGGGAAUGACACCGUGCUGAACCGGAGACAUGGGACUCAGACAGUCUCGCGCAGCCCCCGUCAGCGAAGACGCGGAGGAGGUGACCUUUGACCACUUCCAGAUCCUGCGUGCAAUUGGAAAGGGCAGUUUUGGAAAGGUGUGUAUUGUACAGAAGAAGGAUACUAAGAAGAUGUAUGCCAUGAAGUACAUGAACAAGCUGAAGUGUGUGCAGAGAAACGAAGUGCGCAAUGUCUUCAAGGAGCUGCAGAUCCUGCAGACGCUCGAGCACCCUUUCCUGGUCAACUUCUGGUACUCAUUUCAGGAUGAGGAGGACAUGUUCAUGGUAGUGGACCUGCUCCUGGGGGGAGACCUGCGUUACCACCUACAACAGAACGUGCACUUCUCCGAGAGCACCGUCAAGCUCUACAUCUGUGAACUAGCCCUGGCACUGCACUACCUAAGAAGCAAGCACAUCAUACACAGAGACAUCAAGCCAGACAACAUCUUGCUGGAUGAACACGGACACGCCCAUCUGACGGACUUCAACAUCGCCGCCAUUGUGAAGGAUGAUUUAAAAGCUACUUCCAUGGCUGGCACCAAGCCCUACAUGGCUCCAGAACUUUUCCAGCCUUUUGAGGGAAGUCAUCCGGGUUACUCGUUUGCCGUGGACUGGUGGUCACUGGGAAUAACCUCUUACGAGCUGCUCCGAGGACAGAGGCCAUAUGUAAUGGGGUGCAGUAGCUCCUCCAGUGAGAUCCUGCAGUCCUUUCACAGGGUCCUCCCCUGCUAUCCAGCCACCUGGUCUGCAGAGCUGAAGUCUCUGCUGGGGAAGCUGCUGUGUAUCGAUGCUCAGAAGCGUCUCUCCAGCCUUACAGAACUCCAGAAAUUAAACUACCUCUCAGGCGUCAGCUGGGAUGCCAUUCUGAGCAAACAGGUCCCACCAGGGUUCACCCCCAAUAGGCGGAGACUUAACUGUGAUCCUACAUUUGAGCUGGAAGAGAUGAUCCUGGAAGCUAAACCACUGCACAAGAAGAAGAAGAGACUGGCGAGGAAGAGCAGGGAAAAUGGCUCUGAAGGAUCACCACAGAAUGAUCGCCUACAGCAGCGCUUGGAUGUUGUGCAGAGAGACUUCAUCGUUUUCAACAGAGAAAAGUUGAGGAAAACCAAACCAGACGCGGAAGCCAACGACGUUCUGAGAAAAGAAACAAGCCAAGCCAUUGAGGAUGGACAGAACAACAACCUUACUGAAGCGCGAUCGUCGUCAGCGUAGGGUCGCUGAGAGAUCCAGGCACUGGGUGGGAUAGCUUCCCUGGGUCACUCACACACACACACGCACACACACACAGACACACACACACACAAUUUCUGCCGUUGAGCGAACCUUUAACCCACAUCAGCCCCUGAGCAGAUCUUUAACAGACAGUGACCCACCCCAGCAGCUAUAGACAUUUAUUUGAUGUCAACUCAGGCUUAUCCAGAAUACACUGAAGGGCUCUGGUCUUGCAGUCUGUCUCCUUAGCAAAUGAGGCUCAGAGAGACAGGGCCUGCCGUCAGCAUUUAAGGCGUUGGAAGAGAAUCACACUCGCACUGGUAUCCUUUUACUGAAGGUGCACUAUAGUAUGUACAUGAAUAUAGUGACUCGCAGAAGUUGGUGUGGAGUUUAGAAGUAGGUUGCACUUGAAUCAUGGCAUGUAGUAGCCGUGUCUGGCACUGUAUCCUUAAACACUCCUGGGGCCUUGUGUCCAAGCAAAUUUGGAGUCAGUGAAGAUGGUCGUCUCCAUCACUUCGACUGCAUUCGUCCAUUCAGCCCCCAGGUGUUGCCUUACACUUCAUGCUAGCAUGUUGUAGGAUUUGUCCACGUAAUCUGAGCUGUGAUAAUCAUAAGCUUUUAGGUCAGACACAUUGGCUCUCCUUACAGUGCACUUUAGAGAAGAGUUUUAGCAUCGUGGACCUUGUUCAGAAACUUUACUGAUCUUUACUAAAGCAGCCUUCAAACGGUGGCCUUCCUCACCGCUGAAGUCAGAUCUACUCAAGUGUCUGAUCUUCACUUUUAAAGGCACAGAAUGGGAAAAUUCUCAUUGUUUUUUUUUUUACUUGUUUACUUUUUUUGCUGUUAAAAUGUGUUAUUUAUGUGUUUAACGAGAGAAUGUUUUUCUGAAUGAAACUGUACUGAGAAUAAAGUUAAUUGUCCUGAGCGACUUUACACAUCACUAAAGAAACAAUGUACACAUUACUAAAGUUUCUGCUUCUUAGACAGUUUUGGAUUGUAGAACCAGUACCACAGAGUUUUGCCAGAGACUUUUUAAAAAUCUUUAUAAUAAAUCUUUUGACAACUCG